AUGGAAGAUCUGAAGAAGUCUGUAAGGGACGUGUCUGAGUUGGUGUCCAAUAAAAUGGAGGAGUUCCAGCAGCGCCUGCAGGCUGCUCAAACCAGGUCCCCUACACUUGAGCAGACACCACUGGCCAAGGAGUUCGACGUGUUUCGCAGCUCAGUGCUCUUCUGUCUCGGAAGUCUCCAGGCUCAGAUUGAAGUGCUCUCCAGAGCACAGGAUGAACUGGAGAUGCGUAGCAGACGCAAGUGUUUGUUGUUGCAUGGGGUGAAUGAGGCCAAAGACGAAAGUUCGAGCUCUAUUGCGAAAAUGAUUUCAGUCUUGUUAAAGUGUCCUGAUUUAAACGACAACGAUUUUGGUCGCUGUCACAGAAUGGGCCUACGACAGGAUGGGAAGCCUAGGCCGAUACUUAUAAAACUCCGCGAAUACAAGACUAAAGAAACAAUAUGGCUAGCUAAAAAGCACCUUAAAAGUACAGGUAUAACUUUGUCGGAGUUCCUGACAAAAACUCGCCACAACAUAUUUAUGGCGGCUAGAAGACGCUUCGGAGUUUCCAACAGCUGGACUCGCGAUGGGACUAUUUUUGUUAUGACCCCUGAUGGAGUUCGUCGCCGUAUCACGGUGAUGAAAGAUUUGGAGACUAUUCCCGAGUGUCAAUCAGCUGGCCCCUCCGAUUCUAAGGCCGAUACGUCUGAUAAGGAUUCUGGCCCUUCUCAGCGACUAAGAAACCGUAGAAACCCCAACAAAGGACAGUUAGCCCCAAUGGUGACGAACUAA